AUGGCUUUGCUGUGUGGCCUUGGGCAAGUCACUCUCCGUCUCUGGGCCCCACUUCCUCCACAAUCCGAAAACAAAAUUGGGUUCCUAGCUGCUUCUCUGUUUCGCAGGAGCGGCGGCAUGGAGGCUCUCACCACUCAGCUGGGGCCGGGGCGCGAGGGCAACUCCUCACCCAACUCUAAGCAGGAGCUGCAACCCUACUCCGGCUCCAGCGCUCUCAAACCCAACCAGGUGGGCGAGACGUCGCUGUACGGGGUGCCUAUCGUGUCUCUGGUCAUCGACGGCCAGGAGCGCCUUUGCCUGGCGCAGAUCUCCAACACUCUCCUCAAGAACUACAGCUACAAUGAAAUCCACAACCGCCGCGUGGCCCUGGGCAUCACGUGCGUGCAGUGCACGCCAGUACAGCUGGAGAUUCUGCGUCGGGCCGGGGCCAUGCCGAUCUCAUCUCGCCGCUGUGGUAUGAUCACCAAGCGCGAGGCCGAACGCCUGUGCAAGUCGUUCCUGGGCGAGCAUAAGCCGCCCAAGCUGCCGGAGAACUUCGCCUUCGAUGUGGUGCACGAGUGCGCGUGGGGCUCCCGUGGCAGCUUCAUCCCCGCGCGUUACAACAGCUCGCGUGCCAAGUGCAUCAAGUGCGGCUACUGCAGCAUGUACUUCUCGCCUAACAAGUUCAUCUUCCACUCGCACCGCACACCGGACGCCAAGUACACACAGCCCGACGCCGCCAACUUCAACUCGUGGCGCCGUCAUCUCAAACUCAGUGACAAGUCGGCCACAGAUGAACUGAGCCACGCUUGGGAGGACGUCAAGGCCAUGUUCAAUGGCGGCACGCGCAAGCGGACUUUCUCGCUGCAAGGAGGCGGCGGUGGCGGCGCUAAUGGCGGGUCGGGUGGGCAGGGGAAGGGUGGUGCUGGCGGCGGGGGCGGCCCGGGGUGUGGCGCAGAGAUGGCCCCAGGCCCGCCGCCCCACAAAACCCUGCGCUGUGGCGAAGACGAGGCCACCGGGCCUCCUGGGCCCCCUCCUCCCCACCCGCAGCGGGGACUUGGUCUAGCCGCAGGAGCCGGCGGCCCGGCGGGCCCUGGAGGUCCUGGUGGCGGCGCCGGCGUACGCAGCUACCCAGUGAUCCCAGUGCCCAGCAAGGGCUUUGGCCUCUUGCAGAAACUGCCCCCGCCGCUUUUCCCUCACCCCUACAGCUUCCCCACGGCCUUCGGCCUCUGCCCUAAAAAGGACGACCCGGUGCUAGGCGCGGGCGAGCCCAAGGGAGGCCCAGGCACCGGGAGCGGCGCGGGUGCGGGCACUGGCGGAGGCGCGGGCGGGCCAGGAUCCGGCCACUUGCCCCCGGGGGCAGGCCCUGGCCCGGGUGGCGGAGCCAUGUUCUGGGGUCACCAGCCCUCUGGGGCGGCCAAGGACGCAGCAGCCGUGGCGGCAGCGGCCGCCGCCGCUACCGUAUAUCCGACGUUUCCCAUGUUCUGGCCGGCGGCAGGCAGCCUGCCGGUGCCGCCCUAUCCAGCUGCGCAGAGUCAAGCCAAGGCCGUGGCGGCCGCUGUAGCGGCGGCGGCGGCGGCGGCAGCGGCAGCAGCCGGCAGCGGCGGCCCGGAGUCCCUGGACGGUGCCGAGCCCGCCAAGGAGGGCAGCCUGGGCGCAGAGGAGCGCUGUCCGAGCGCUCUGUCCCGCGGGCCCCUGGACGAGGACGGCGCGGACGAGGCGCUGCCGCCGCCUCUGGCUCCACUUGCCCCACCACCUCCGCCCGCACGCAAAGGCUCCUAUGUGUCGGCCUUCCGACCUGUGGUCAAGGACGCCGAGAGCAUCGCCAAGCUCUACGGUAGCGCCCGCGACGCGUACGGCGCGGGGCCUGCUCGUGGGCCAGGGCCGGGAGCGGGGUCCGGCGGUGGUUAUGUGAGCCCAGACUUUCUGAGCGAGGGCAGCUCCAGCUACCACUCCGCCUCGCCCGACGUGGACACUGCUGACGAGCCCGAGGUGGACGUGGAGUCCAACCGCUUCCCUGACGAUGAGGGCGCUCCAGAUGAGACCGAGUCGGGUGUACCCAGUGCUCCCAGCACGGGAGGCGGCCCGGACGCCGACCAGCCCGCAGGGCCCCCGUCUACCACCUCCUCGGGCGCCGACGGUCCCACAGACUCCCCAGAUGGCGGCAGCCCUCCUUCCCGGCGCCGCCCCGGGCUGCCCACCGCCAGCCGGUCAUUUGGGGACCUGGCGGCCGACGACGUGGUGCGGAGACCGGAGAGGAGCCCGCCGAGCAGCGGCUAUGAGCUGCGAGAGCCUUGCGGGCCGCUGGGGGGCCCCGCGCCGGCCAAGGUGUACGCGCCAGAGCGGGACGAGCAUGUGAAGAGCGCGGCGGCGCUGGGGCCCGCGGCCUCCUACCUCUGCACCCCCGAGGCCCACGAACCAGAUAAGGAAGACAAUCACUCGACCGCCGACGAUUUGGAAACGAGGAAAUCCUAUCCAGACCAAAGGAGUAUCUCCCAACCAAGUCCCGCAAAUACAGACCGAGGUGAAGAUGGGCUCACCCUGGAUGUCACAGGAACUCAGCUAGUGGAGAAAGAUAUCGAGAACCUGGCCAGAGACGAAUUGCAAAAACUGCUCCUGGAGCAAAUGGAGCUCCGCAAGAAAUUGGAGCGAGAAUUUCAGAGUCUCAAAGAUAAUUUUCAGGAUCAAAUGAAGAGGGAAUUGGCUUAUCGAGAAGAAAUGGUGCAACAGCUGCAAAUUGUCAGAGACACUCUGUGUAACGAACUCGACCAAGAGCGGAAGGCGCGCUAUGCCAUCCAGCAGAAAUUAAAAGAAGCUCACGACGCCCUACACCACUUCUCCUGCAAGAUGCUGACGCCCCGCCAUUGCACUGGCAACUGCUCCUUCAAGCCCCCGCUGUUGCCCUAG